AUACCUGCAAAUUGCAACUUCUAUAGUUACGAUAUUAGAGAAAUGAAGAACCACUUAGACUUUUCGAUACAGUAUGAUUUGAUUGCACUGGACCCUCCUUUGAAUAAACAUAUCAGAAGGAAAAAAUCCCAUUAUUCUUGCAGUUAUAAUAUGCUUGAAAACUCAGAACUACUAAUUUGCCCCAUUAAAAAACUUUUGAAACAUAAUGGAAUUGUUUUAAUUUGGUGUACUAAUUCACCAAGCCACUUGACUUAUAUAUCAACGAUAUGUAAACCUAUAUGUGAUUUUUCAAAACCGCCUGUUAAGCAACCAUUUGAACAAAUAAUAAUUGGCCUUUUAAUGUGGAAAUAUAUCAAUGAUGAUUGCGAUUUCAAAAUAAUACCAGAUCAAAAAAUUAUUGUCAGCGUACCAAGUGCUUUGCAUUCGCAUAAGCCAAAUUUAACAGAAAUAUUGACACAGUUUUUACCGGAUACUCCAAUGUGUCUGGAGUUGUUUGCUAGAAGUCUUCAAAGAAAUUGGACAUCAUAUGGAUUUGAACCGUUAAGAUUACAACAUAUAAGUCUUUUCAAACAAGAAGCUGAUUAG